AUGGCUGACAAACUUUAUGGUGGAGCUUACCUCUCUCCCUUUGUUGAUGCUGUUUUGGACAACCUGACUUCAAUACUUGAAGAUGACUCGGUCCUCAAUGGAAACUACUCUUCCCUUGAGUUGCUUGGAAGGUUGCAGAAUUGUCUGUAUGAUGUUGGACCUGUUCUUGAUGAUGCUGAGCUGAAGCAGUUCACUGACAAGAGAGUCAAGAAGUGGCUUGUUGAUCUCCAAGAUGCUCUCUAUUUCGCUGAUGAUUUGCUCGACGAACUCUCCACCAAAGCCGCUAUUGCUGCCACUCAAAGGGAUCCAGGUAACUCUUCCUCCUGGUCUCGUCUUGUUGAUUCGUAUAUUGAAGAUACCGGUGACAUGGAAAAAAUAGUUGGCACACUAGAGUCCGUUGUAAGACGCAAAAAUUAUCUUCGUCUGAAGGAGAGUGCCAAGGUGGACAUGUCAUGGAGAAUUCCAUCCACAUCUCUCCUUGAACCAUCGGAGAUAUGUGGCCGGAAAGAAGACAAGGAGGCUAUACUGAAACUGUUGUUGGAUGAUGAUGAUGCUGCUGAUGGUGAUUUAUCUGUCAUUCCCAUUGUGGGCAUGGGCGGAAUAGGAAAGACUACUUUGGCCCAAUUGCUUUACCACGAUGACAAAGUGAAGGAGAAUUUUGAUUUUCGAGGUUGGGUUUGUGUGUCAGAAGAGUUUGAUGUUGUCAAGGUCACCAAGACUAUAAUCGAGGCAAUAACUUCAAGUUCUUGUAACUUGACAGAUUUGAAUUUACUUCAGCAUGAUUUAAAAGAAAAGUUGUCCAGGCAAAAGUUCUUUAUUGUUUUGGACGAUGUCUGGAAUGAAAACUAUGAUGAUUGGAAUACACUUCUAAAACCUUUUCAGAGAGGGGUUAAGGGAAGUAAAAUUCUUAUAACUACUAGAAAUAAAAAUGUGGCUUCUGUAGUGCAAACUGUUUCACCUCAUGAACUAAGUUUAUUGUCUGACGAAGAUUGUUGGUUAGUGUUUUCAAAGCAUGCACGUCUUUCACCUGUUUCUGUGGAGAAUCCAACCCUGGAAAAAAUCGGCAGAGAUAUCGUAAAGAAGUGUGAUGGAUUGCCAUUGGCAGCUCAAGCCCUUGGAGGCAUAUUGCGUGGAAAUUCUGAUAUCAGAUAUUGGAAUCAUUUAUUGAAGAGUGAAAUCUGGGAACUCUCCAAUGACAGAAUAAAUGUUGUUCCAGCGUUAAGGAUAAGUUAUUAUUUUCUUCCUUCAUAUUUGAAGCAGUGCUUUGUUUAUUGUUCCCUGUAUCCCAAGGACUAUGAAUUUAGCAAAGAUGAAUUGUUGUUGUUAUGGAUGGCAGAGAAUUUUUUACAACCAGUAGGAAAAAAGGCCAUGGAAGAAGUUGGUGGUGAAUAUUUUGAUGAAUUAAUUGCGAGAUCAUUUUUGCAACCUCAUAGUACCGAGGAAAAUAAAUUUGUGAUGCAUGAUCUUGUUCAUGAUUUAGCAAUGACAUGUGGUGGAGAAUUCUAUUUCAGAGCUGAAGAGCUUCGGAAUGCAGUUGAGGUUGAUAUUAAAGCUCGUCAUUUGUCACAUAACGCCAAAGGCAAUUAUCCAAUGUCAAAUCUUUUGGGACUUUGUGAUAGAGUAAAACAUACAAGGACAUUUCUUGAAAUCAAUUUGGAGUUACGGAUCCCAUUUAACAUGGAAAAUGCACCUUGUAUUUUGUUGUCACAGUUAAAGUACAUGAGGGCUUUGUCGUUGAAAAACUUUCCUCUUCUGUCAGUGCCUGUUUCAAUAGGUGAGUUGAUUCACUUGCGUUACUUGGAUCUCUCUUUCACCAACAUUGUGACAUUGCCAGAGUCGUUGGGUAACCUGUACAACUUGCAGACCUUGAAGUUGUAUUCCUGCUAUAAUCUGAAAAUGCUACCUGUUCGCAUGGAAGACCUUGUAAAUUUGCGCCAUCUUGAUAUUAGAGGGACUCGGUCAUUGCAUGAGAUGCCGAAAGGCAUGAGCAAGUUGAAAAACUUGCAGUUUUUAAGCGACUAUGUUGUUGGGAAGCGUGAAGAGAACAAGAUCACAGAAUUGGGAGCACUUGCAAAUCUACACGAAUCAAUUUCCAUUGGCAAAUUGGAGAAUGUGGUGAACAGCAGUGAAGCUUUGGAGGCAAGAAUGUCCGAUAAGGAUGGCAUUGAAUCUAUAAAGUUAACUUGGUCGUGGAAUGAAGAGGAGAAUACAGUUGAUUCCGAAAUGGAAAGAGAUAUACUUGACAAGUUACGACCUCACACUAAUUUGAAAGAGUUAUAUAUCUAUGGUUACAGGGGUACAACAUUUCCAGAUUGGGUGGGACAUUCUUCCUACCACAACAUCACCACAAUAACACUGGAUGAUUGCCGGAAUUGCUGUAUGCUUCCUUCACUUGGACAGUUGCCCUCUUUGAAGCACCUGGAAAUUUCAGAUUUUGGAAGUCUGGAAAGUGUGGGUGCUGAGUUUUACUUUAACCAGAAUGGUGAAUCUUGUUUGGAGACACCACCAUUCCCAAUGCUUGAAACUCUUUCGUUUGAGAAAAUGCCUUGCUGGAAGGAGUGGCGUUCACUGGAGUUCAAUGCAUUUCGGAGACUCCGAGAGCUUUCCAUAAAUAACUGUCCCAUGUUGAGAGGAGAUUUGCCCAAUCAUCUACCAUCUUUGCAAUCCCUUCAGAUUUGGAAUUGCGAGCAGCUGAGUUGUUGUGUUCCAAGAUCUCCUGAAUUGACCUCUUUAAGGAUAGAAGGCGGGAAUGAAGUGAGAAUUGGGGAGCUACCUCCUUUACUGCGUGAGGUAUCAAUUGCAGGAAACUAUCACGUGGAGUCGGCGGUAGAGGCCAUAAUGCACAUGCAACUGAGUUGCCUGACGUCUUUAUGCAUCUCAGAUUGUUCCUCCCACAUAUGGUUUCCAGUGAGUGGUAUUCCCGCAUCACUACAACAGUUGACUAUACGGUGUUGCAGAAAACUAGAAUUCCAAAUGGAUGGCCAACAUCACUCGCUGCAGGAACUAUCAAUAGAGAACUGCUGUGAUUCAGUUACAUCCUUCUCGUUGUUGGAUUCCUUUCCGAAUCUCAUGCAUGUUCAUAUCAAUGGCUGUGGAAACAUGAAGUGUAUUGUGGUGUUACGCUCUCUUCCAUGUAUCCGUUCUUUACGUAUCUACUGGUACGGGAGUUUGAAAUCUGUGUCAAAGCUAUUAAUGGCAGCACCUCAGCUCGAGGAUCUCACAUUAGUGGGUUGCCCAGAGGUUGAUUUGUCUCCUACAGGGAAUGGGGAUCCACACCGUAGCCUCAGAUCUCUUGAAAUCAGCUACAUCGAGAAACUGGUGAGCUCUGCAGCAUUCAUGAAUUCGCAAUUUCAUGGGCUUACUCAUCUUACCAUUCUUGGUCAAUACGACGAGAGUGUGAAGUCCCUCCCAAGGGAAGGAUGGUUGCCUGCCUCACUUGAGUCUCUCACACUGAGAAGCAUUGAGAGUCUGGAGACGUUGGAAUGCAAGGGACUUGCCCACCUCACCUCCCUCCAACGUGUAACUAUCACUGAUUGUUGGAAUCUGGAGUAUAUCGAGGGAGAUAAGCUGCCUGCCUCUCUAAUACAACUCAGCAUCGAUGGAAGCCCUUUGCUGUCCGAACCAUGUCAGAAGAAGGAUCCACAGCUUUGGCCCAAAAUCUCCCACAUCCCCGCCAUUCAAGUUGAUGGCACAUGGAUUUCGUAA